AUCCGUUUUCAUCCUGGUUGAUUGAUCUUUGCGAAACCCUGAUUGUGAAAGUAUUCUGGUUUCCUGAUCCCUCAAUCUCUCUGAAUUUAUCGCUUCCUUCUUUUCAUGGCACUUCAUGGGUCUGGAUUUUUAUGCAAAGUCUCAAACACAGUAGAGAUCACUUCUCUGUUUGGUGGUUCGACGAGGCUGCUUUACUUGCCUAAGUCUUAUCCGAUUCACUACAACGUGGUUUCAGUCAGCAACACAUUUGGGGUUGGGUCCUCUCAAGCUCCAGAACAAGAACCGUGCUCUCGUCUGAGGCCAUGUCGAGUCAAACGCGAAGAGAAUAACCAAACCGCAGAUGUUGAAAGCAUAUCAGUGGAUGAAAACACGUUGAAUCAAGAUCUCAAGACUGCGAUCCAAGAAGAAAACUACGUGGAGGCAGCUAAAAUCCGGGAUAAACUAAAAGGGCUUCAAGAAGACAACAAAGCCUCUGUUUUAUCAGCCAAUGCUCGGUUCUACCAAUCUUUUAGAAACGGGGACUUAGCGGCGAUGCAAUCGCUGUGGUCAAAAUCCGGAAACCCGUGCUGUGUCCAUCCAGGAGCCAAAGGCAUAACCGGGUAUGAUUACGUGAUGGAAAGCUGGGAACUUGUGUGGAUGAACUAUGAGUUUCCGUUACAGAUUGAGCUGAAAGAUGUUGAGGUUCAUGUCCGAGGCGAAGUAGGUUAUGUAACUUGCAUGGAGUUUGUGAAGACGAAAGAGAGUAGUAGUUGGGGAGCUCAGUUUGUGUCGAAUGUGUUUGAACGGAUCGAUGGGAAAUGGUUUAUAUGCAUUCACCAUGCUUCUCCUAUUGAUAUUUGAUCCAAGAACUAAAGAAACGCUACACGAUUUCAGAACUCUUUUUUUGGUCUUUUUGCGUUUGGAGGUUUGCGUAAAGGCAAUGGAAGACUAUUCCAUUUUCUAUGUUUGCGCGGUUGGUAUUUGGGACCAAAGCAUCAGAGGGAACAAGAAGAGGCAUAAGUUCUGACAUUUGGUAUUGUGUUUGUACUCUCUAUGAAAUUCUACUAUUUAUUUUAUAAUCAUGUAGUUAUCCCUUAGCCAGAAAAUAA